GUCUUCCUUAGUCAGAACAGCUUUACAUACUUUGUGUUUUCUUUGUUGUAAAGUGUACUCUUUUCACAGACCAAUAAACAUUCUAUAUGUUAUAAAACAUAAACUCUGCUUGUCUGCUUUCAUCAAUCAUUUGAUUUUAGGAUUACGUAUUGGGUGGUGAUAAGAAUAUUGAUAUUCUGGAACUUCUUCAACGUGUAAACAGUCGAUAAUUUUGUUGUUCCUGAAAGGCUGUUAAUUUCACACUAAUCAAAAAACAUGAGAGAUCACCAAGGUACACCGUUUACUCAUAAAUUGACAGAUAACAAAAAAAUGGUUACAUUCUAAAGUUGACAAGUUGAAGUUUUGCAACUUAAAUUCUCCUAAAUAUAUAUUUCUACUUGACUUACAAAUAAUUUUUUGGUUUGUCAGUCACUAAAAUUACAUUCAUCGAAAAAAAUUACUAAUUUCAAUUUUUUGAUACAGUGUACACUUUACUAUCUUAGAUAUAUUGAACACAAUCACAAAUAAUGAUAAUGAUAUCAAAAAAAUUUCGUCAUAUUCUCUUUUAAUUGAAACUUGAAAUAAAAAAAAUAAAAUGACCAAGUUAUUGAUGAACUUGAACAGAUUUACUUAUCCACAAUUGAAAACUGGUCCAUUGGAAAAUUACUUUCAAACAUUUGUGUGUUGCCACAAUUUAACCUUGACAGAAGUGAAAUCUUUCUCGAGUACUAUUAGAACAAAAGCGAAAAUGCAUUCAAAACUUACUGAAGAAGAAAGGUAUGCAAUCUUAACACCAUUAAUUGAACAAGGGUGGAAUCAACUAGAAGGUAGAGAUGCAAUCUACAAAGAAUUUCUGUUCAAAGACUUCAAUCAAGCAUUUGGUUUUAUGUCACGGAUAGCUCUUGUUGCUGAAAAGAUGGAUCAUCAUCCAGAAUGGUUCAAUGUUUACAAUAAAGUUCAGGUGACUUUGUCUUCUCAUGAUGUUAAUGGAUUAAGUGGAAGAGAUGUAAAGUUGGCAAACUUCAUGGAGGAGAUUGCUAAAAGUAUCAAAUCAUAAACUAACUACAUAUAUGUACAUUUGACCGUACUUACCAGGAAUAAAAAACUCAUAUAUCAAAUUAAUAUUAUAAAUUGAAACAUGACUUUGUGUUACAUAUAUUUAAUAUAAAUUAAAUAAGAAUACA